AUGUCUGAAAUCUUUACAAAAAUCUCAGAAUUGGGAUAUGGAUCUCCAGGAACACCCCUGCAAGUGCGCAUCUUGCGCACGUGGACGCCACAAAUCCGUUCUCAUGAAACUUGGUUCCUGGCAGUUGACAAAUACGGUAAUGCCAUCCAGAUUCUCGGCAGAGGAAAGGAUCAAGGAUUUGUACAGUCUGCUCUCAUUCCUUCAAAAUGUUACACAAUUGCCGCUUAUGCAUGUGGAGAAGCAGAUAUCUUUCAAAAAUGGCUGGACAAUCCUAUAUACAUUGCUGUUGGGAUGGCCUCUUCCAUCACAUAUUUCCCAAACACAUUGACCAUUCCCACAAGUUGGUUUAACUUCAUAUCAAAAAAUCAAAUACCAGAUUAUGUUGACCAAUGUCCAGAUUUCUUAGGAGUUUUUGUCAGAUUGGUAAACUGUACCAAAAGAAACAAGGAACCUUACCUUCUUCUCAUCCUAGAAAACGAUUUUGGUCAAGAAAUUGCCAUAAGUCUAUGGAAAGACUGCACUGAUGUGCCCGCAAAAUUUAACCGAAGCGCCAUUGAAAAUGCACCUGUUCCUACUAUACUUGCUGUAACAAAUGUCAAAAUUGCAACCGUUGCUGGUUUACUGAGGCUAGGAACAAGUAACGCAACUCACAUAUACAUGAAUCCAGAUAUCAGAGAGACAACUGCACUUCUCGACAGGUACAAAGCAAAUGCAGCCUCAAUAACUUCUUUUGGACCACCGACACCACUAUUGGAGAUAAAUAAAAAAAACCAUUUGGAGCUUUCGGACCAGACCUUCACUGCACAAGCAUCUAUAAUCGAUUAUACAUUUACAAACACUUGGUAUCAGAUCAUUUGUCCCGAUUGUAAAAAACCAACUCUCAAGCAAGGAAAAAACUGGUUUUGCCCAUCAGAUGGAAUACUCAGCUCGCCAAUUUCUCUGUACAAGCUGGUAGCAACAAUUAAUGAUCAGACUGACUCAAUGGCUGUCACGUUAUCUGACAAUGCUGCUAAAAAAUUAUUCGGUACAACAUCAGAUAUGCUCAUAGAAGAAGACGACCCCGACCACAGGAAAAACUUGCCCCCCAUAAUAAACGAUACCAAAGGUGUGAUGAAAAAGAUGACACUGCGUAUGACAAAAACCUUAAACAAUAGCAACAUCUGCUUUAUAUUAACCGAAAUCGAAGACAACACGACCGAACAAUCACCAACAAUAACAACCCCACAUCCGCAUACUCCAACCACUUUCGACAUAACCAACAAACCAACUACAUCAUCUUCCCAACAACAGCCUGUGAAAGUUAGAAAGACCUUCACGUUUGAAGAAGCAGGUACAGAGGUACCGACUGCAGAAGCAAAACGUCAGCGCCAUCCAGAAUAA